AAAUGAUUUUAGAGGGAUUUCAAUUUCUACUAUUUGUUCUCCAUUUAUUGCUAGGUUAAUUGAUUCCAAUUUUGAUGGCUGUGUUAGCUUAUGUAUCAAAAGACAAAGAAAAAAUGAGUAGAUGGUUAAUACAUUUUUUCCUAAUAAAUGUUUUGAAGCAUACUGUUUUUCAAGUUUCAUCAUUAUUUGGAUUUUGUAAUAAAAAUAAGUAACAAAUAAAAUAGAUGCUUUAAAUGAUACUUUAGGUAUAUGCAUUUUGAUAUUGCCAAUGUAUAUUUCAUUUGAAACAUUAGAAAAUUUAGUUGAGAACAUUUAUGUAAUUGAUUCUAAUAUCAAAUAGAAUAAUAUAUUUAGAUCCAAAAUAGAGUUUCUAAGAUAAAGGACAUAUGAAGGAUUAUAAAAAUUAAAUUUAUUAUGA